GAUGACGAGAAACAAACGAAUUGCAAAAGCUGUCAGCUGGAGCAACGAUCGAUACUGGGCAACUUGGGACAAGUGGAUGGAAGUGAUUGACUGGGAAGAUGAGGAAGAGCUGUGCUCCCCAGCAGAAUCACCCUCUGACCAGGCUGACCGUUCCAUCGUGUCACACACCCGAAAGCCAAUUGCCAAGGCAGUUAGCUGGACGGAUGAUGUGUAUUGGGCAGCCUGGGACAAGUGGGAUGAGAUCAUCUGCUGGGGUGAAGAAGGAGAGUGCUCCCCAGCAACUCCACCCAUCAACCAGCCUGGGAGGGAUAAGGGGUUAGACAUGCAUGGGUUAGAGGUUUUUCUGUUAAAUGAAAGGACAGUCUCCAUAAAGCCUGCAGAUGACCACCAAGACAGGCUGAAAAUAGGAGCCGUAGUGGUCGACCUCUGCCAGUUUGAGCUAGAUGGUGUAAAUGAUAAAUUUGAAAUUGUCGAAAUACAAAUUGGAGAGGUCAAAUUGGAGGAGACUGCAGAGAGGGGUUUUAAUUCAGAAUUUGAAUUGGAAAUUAUGGAUGUGGAGAUAGAGGUUGUAGACAGUGAAUUCCAGCUGAAUGUUCUUAAUUGGGAAAUUGCUGGAACUAAAGUGGACAAAUUAUUAGUGGAACACCUGAACAUAAAUAAUCUAGAAGCAGGCAGUGUGAAGGUGUCCACAUCAAAUGGGAAUGUGGUAUAUGUCAAUGGUAUGUGAGUGUGUUUGGUAAUGAUGGGUGUGAAUGGUGUGUGUAAGUGGUGUGUGUGUGUGUAUGAGAAUGGUGAUUGAAUGGUGUGUGUGAGUGAAUGGUGUGUGUGAGUGACAGGUGUGUGAAUGGUGUGUGUGAGGUAAUGGCAUGUGUGAGUGAGUGUGAGUGGUAAUGGCGUGUGUGAGUGAAUGGUGUGUGUGAGUAUAUGGUGUAUGUGAAUGGUC